UUCCAGGUAUACAAGGUGCAAGAAUUGAUAUUAAAAAGGAAGAAGAAAGUAAUGAUCCAGUUGUUCCAGAAAACACAGAAGAAAGUAAUGAACCAAUUCUGAAAGAUGUAGAAGAAAGUAAUAAACCAGUUCCGGAAGGUGAAAAUAAUUCAAAUGACGAAUAUUAUGAAAAUGAAGAGACAAAUUAUAUUAAUGUUUGGAGCUAA